AAGGCAUAGAGUGUAGAAUGAAAACGGGAUAGGAAAAGAUAGAUAUAGAGAUGGGCUACACGUAUUACAUGAUUUAGAUUUACCUUUUUACGCGUUUACUGAUUCUGAUCAUGUCAUGUGACAGGUACAAUAUUCGCAUUCUUUUUUCAAAUGAUCAUGGCUAAACUUUGACUUCGACUAUAAUCAUGGUCGUGGAGACGAUCGCAAGAACGGCAACAGAAGCAAAAAGCAUCACAUCGCGAUCUCGAGUAGUCUUCACACCUGACAUGUAAGUUUAAUGAUGUGAAACUUAAUGAAAGAAAAUGAAACUGAAAAUGCAUACUAUAGCGGAAACGAUGUUAAUGAAUAUCAAUAUGAUUAUUCUUGCCUUCAGCAGUGCAAGAACAAAAUGACUGUAGUCCUGUCAAGUAGUAAGUAGUCAAUAUCUAUGCAUCAACCACGACAAGAAGAAGUGCUACAUUAACCACGACAAGGAGCAGACAGUGCAAUAAAUGAUAGAAAUGUAAUACUCAAGUGGUCACCAUCUGUAGUACCACAACGACAACUCAUCCGAUGAGGAGAACAAGGAGAGGAGGACCGUGCGUGUAGCGUGUUUAGCGUAGAUGCUAGUAUGAAGGAGCAGCGUGACAAUGUCGAGAUCGAGUUUGGCCAAUGGCGAAGACCGGAGCCCUCUGCGCCCGAUGGCAGCACAAGGAAAAAUUAAGACAGCAUGUCAUAACAGUAUCUUGAACUUGAUACCUGAUAAUCAUCUGAUAUGAUUGGAGUUGGACUUUCUGUUGUAUCAGUAUCUCUGAAAUUCUUCGAGAACCCGUCAUCUCUACGGUCAACAUCGUGAACGCUGAUGGCUAGGAUUUUGAAAACUUAAAAUGACAAUAUGCGAGUAAGUAACGAACACAUCAAUAGCCGAUUAUCUGUGAUUAAGUUAUCUUCUCGGCUACUCGGAUAUUUCACUUUAUCGAAUACAUGGACUUUUGCCUAUUAUACAAUUUCUUUCUGCUCUAAUGCAAGCCGUACUUGACGCCAUUGCCACAGGUGGCCGCCAUAGAUGGCGAUGAGCACAACUCGCGUGGCGAUGCAUCCACGCACCACGUGCCAGAAAGCGAAUCAGAACAAGAGGGUCCACCAGGAGCUCCAACAAAGAUUAUGAUGCUGAGUUAAAGAUGUCGCUAAUGCGUGGUGUCUACAAAUUUCUAUCUCUUGAAUCUUUGCAGUACCAGCAGCUAUCAUCACGCUGCACUCGUCUCUGCCCUGUAAUAAGGAUUCUUUUCAUCUCGUGCAAAAGCUUAUUUUAUUAUAUUAUAUUAUUGAUUCUUGUUCUUCAUCAUCACCAGUAUUUCUAUUUUUGUCACAUCCAGUCAUUCCCCUCUUCUAACACAAAGAAGAUAGAUGUCGGCUUUGUUACUCCUGUUCUUACCAGAGACAAGAUCCUCGGCAGAGCUCCUGAUACCGAUACGCAGAAGAGCACCAUCAAUGACCACGAGACCGAGAAACCUUCUGGUACGUUCGAAACCUCGGCGGGUGUCCAGCCUGGCGGCAAGAACAAGGACUAUUCUACCAGGUUAUGAAACAUGAAACUAGAAGAUUGAAACUAGAACUUGAUAAGUUUCUAGUCUAGACAGUGUUUUUACUCUACACGACUAAAUCUUCUACCUCUGUUUUUAUAAGCGACGCAUAACUUGUAGUAAUUAUUUUACCUGAGAAUUACUAAAAUUCUAUAAGUAGUUACAGACUUAGCAGUUUCAGAGAAUAUGUUCAUAGUGCUUCUAUUCUAGAUACGAGGUUCUAAUUGCAAGUGCUGCACUUGUGGCGGGAACGCUUAUUGGCCUCUUAGUCCUUAUGGUCUACCUCAAUUACAGGUAUUUCAAUUCAUUUUAGUCCACUGGUAUUCCUCUUUUAUGAAUAUGGUACACCUUCUCUGGACGAUGAUAUCAUAGAAAUACUGUCAGACCACCCUCCACCCCCUCUACUCUGACUGUGCGUUUUUGAUAGUUCCGCUUCCGAUAAUAUUAGAUAAAAGAUGCAGCGGACCAACCUCACAACCACAACAUCAGAGAAAUUCGCAGAACUCCAAAGAGAUUCAGGGGAGUCAAGUCGUGGGCUCAACCCGAACCGACUAACAUCAUCGUCACUAGAUAAAAGAUUACUCCCACCAGUUUCCCUUUCAACUAACGAGUUGAAUUUUCUCUGUCAGAGGGCUUUUCUUGAGCACAUAGUCAGACAUCUGCGUACUGCAAUAUUUUGCAUCGUAUUCGUACAGAUCCAUCAAGGGUACAUAGCACAUGCAUCACAGCACCAGGACCUGACAUACAUCAGAUCCCCACAUACAUCACUGCACACACAUCCCUGCACCAGGUCCCCAGAGUCGGAGCGACAUCCUCGACUCAGGAAAGUGAAGCAUGUCGGAACAAGAAAAGAGGCUAGUGCUUGCGCAAUGUUGCAAGCUGAGUCCGGAGCCCAGGAAGGGCAGUUAAGGCUUGCUACUUCUUUUCCACAACAAUUCGAUACAGCUGACCACCUCAAUGUCUUUGUCUACCAACCUGGUCUCAACGCUGGUUUGGAAAAUCAGAUUGGAGACACAUGACAUGACAAAUCCAUGCUUGAAGAUAGUUCAUCAUUCGGCUAGUCUGCUCUUCUAAGUGAAGGUGCUUCUACAGGGUACUAGACUAUAGUCUAAGUGAAGGUACUUCUAAGUGAAGGUACUUCUACAAGUACUAGUCUGCUCUUCUACAGGGUACUUCUACAGGGCCUCUAGUACUAUACAGUUUGAGCAGUGACUGAAACAGAGGAUCCAUGACAUGACUCUAGUACUAUACAGUUUGAGCAGUGACUGAAACAGAGGAUCCAUGACAUGAUGUUAAAUUAAUAAGUCCAUUUUUUGUUGCUAAUUACGACGGAGGAGAAAGUAGAUGAAGUGUGUUGCCCAGAAUUAUGCGAUAUAGACUCAGACGAGGAUGCGACCGAUUCCGAAGAAGAGGAAGCGCAAGGUGCAUCCUCUUAAGGCUUCUCUCUCCAUAUUGAGAGUACAUCUUGAGACUAAAUCCUAGGAGAGACGCUUUUCAAGGGAAAAAGGUCUCUCGGACUGAUCUUCAGGAUGGAAUCAACGGGCUCUAAUCUUCAUUAUUUACUUUCCUAAUGCAGGUAUUGCAGGUAUAGCUUAGUCGUCGUCAUCAUCAUAUUUCUCGUAUUACAAGCAGCAUAGGACCUUUGUUUAUGCAUGCAAGACCGGGAAAAAUGCAAGACCUUCGCAUUUUUCAACUAUCACGAUCGCAACUGUAAGUAGCCAUAUCAUUAUACCCCACGACGAUUGGCGGGUACACCACCACUACUACACAGCCCCGGAGCCUGGAACUCAGCGAGGGACUCAGAAGCCUGCUGAAAAGCUAUGCUAUCCAAAAAGAAGCUAUCCAAAAAAAGUAUAGAUGCUAAAAAAUGUGACUACCAAGUAGGACUAAACAACCAGACUGGAGGACAGCAGACGAGUAAAUAUUCGAAGUCUUCAAGUAACCGAGUUAGUGACGGAAAUAAAAGAGUCACUACGUUGCUCUCUUUUCGGUAUCCCUAGUAUUCUAAGUAGUUACUUGGCUAUUUCAGUUUUUCGAACUCGACGGAGAAGUAAGAGAACACAACUGUAGGAGAACGCUCCCUCUUGCCUCUUAGUAUAUUAACUGGUCAAGAAGUGGGCAGUCAGGUAAUGAAAUAGGAUGAGAGCAGUUCUUCUUCAAGUAGUCGAUCAUUAUUUCCUGAAGGUACGAUACCUAACCAACCCUUCCGUUGAAGAUUUCUUUACUACUUUUUUUUUUCUUAAAUACAUCCUUAGACGCAUCCUAUCUCAUUCGCCCGUGCCUCCAUUCUCUUUCUCGUCCUCGUUAAUUAACUCCACCUUACGAUGCGUGCCUUUCCAUUCGCGCAUCAUAGUUAUAGUAGUUUGACUAGUCUUACUAAUUUCCUAUGCCAGGCUCAUAAAUGCAAUAAGAGACUACAACUCCUUCCUUGAUGAUCACUCCUAACCAAUUGGCUAGACCUUUUCUACGAGAUCUUUAGCUACUUUCUUGUGACAUCGCCAAGCGCUAAGAAGUGGCAAGAAGACGGUCUCGGUCAAAAAAAAGAAGAAAAAGUUAGGCUUGUCGUGGAUUAAGCUAGACCUAUCUCACUAUGAUCUGGUGUGGAGUAAGCUGAGGGUACUAUGAGUAUUCCCCUUAGACCGAAGUCAAGAAUGGGAAUUAUAUAGUGGGAAGGGAAAGGGUAACGGGAUCCACUUUCAAGCCACUCCACCAGGGCUUGAUAGUGAGUGUCUAGCAUCAAAAAAGCUCAAGAUUGCUAAGGCGGAAGCCGUCGAUGUUAUGUUCCGCUCUCAGCCAUCUUCCUCGGCAUUUCGAUACCCUUUUCCCUUGUAUUUUAUAUGGCAAGAGGGGCCGAAAUGAGGAGACCGAGGAGAUGAGUUAGUCUUUCCAACGAUGCCACACCUACGCCAGAGACCACAGGAUCGGGGACAAAACCUCCGAAUGAAGUAGAAACACCAAGCGGAGUUAUGAAAGUACAACUCAAUGCGCAUCGGUUUCCUAUGUUUAUUACAAUAAGAGGAUGUAGUCCACCUUUCAAACAACCCUACAUGUACAGCAAUCACCUACUACUUUAUUAUUUUCGGGUUGAGAUUGAGUUUGAGAAAGAGAAUUAUGUAGUGAAACUAGAUGUCUUGUUGUUACCAACGGCAAAGGAGAGAUACCUUGGUAGAAGUACAAACUUAGAUAGAAUCUUGAAAAUCGAAAUGCCUUAAUAAGUCAAUCACGACAUGAGAUCAAUCAAUCACUCAAUCAGGAGGACAUCAAUCAAUCAAUCAGCACAUUAGAUCAUUACUAAGGAUGAUCCUUUUCUUUUGAAAAGGAGCAUGGUUGCUAGUAGAAGUAGCGCCUCUAAGAGAUAUGUGCCGCAACCGCAUGCGAGAGUGAGAGCCGCUGGCGGGACGGCGGAAGAGGGUAGAAGUGGUACGGUGGCAUCUUGAAAAUACUGAAAUCCACAAGAUUAGUGUAGAAGAGGACUAAUGAUUUUGAUUCAACAUGUUCUUCGUCAUUUACUUCACGAAAAGGGGUCAGAAGUACUCUAAAAAUUUACUUACUUUCAGAAAGUAGGGAAAUAAGAAUACGCGCAGAAGACAAUCGUGUAUCUAGAUCUUGACGAGGUGCAAUGGCAUGAAGUCAUACUCUUACUCAUUCCCACCUUAAGUUGUAGGAGGUAUACGUUUACUUCCUUUCCACCGACAUGACUACGUCGUAUAAUAUCGCUGUAAUACCACUGCGACUACAGUAAGUAGAAGAACAUGAACCUGAGUAGUUGCGCUUGAAGUACAAGCACGUGGAUCCACAUCCAUGAAACGACUGUUUCUAGGUUCACUCUAGAUUGUCGCUCUAAGGUACCUCCGAAGAUCGCUCCCACGGAUGUCGCAGGCGACGCAAAGGCAAGCGCGGGAGAGCAACCACCAGCUUUAAGGCUUCCCCUAUUAAUCCGUCUUUUGUUUCUCUUUCGUGUUAAAGUAGAGGUCUAUAUUAAAGUAGAGGAUCCCUUGAACAAUCUCCCUAUUUCUAUUUAUGUACCCAAAUUAUAAGACAAGGAGUGUGAUAUCACAAUGGAAUGAUAGAUGCUAACGCAUAAGCUGCUAAUUAACCCUAACCCUAUAUCUUUCAAUGAUUAUGGUUGGGCGCGCUACUACUACUACCACUACUACUACCACUACUUGGCGAGCAGGAAUCCCUACACAGCUGGGGCACAUCUUUGAGGCUGAUUCUCUGCAUGGAUGGAUGAAUUGGGGAGAAGUCUAAAACUAGCAUCAACACCGAGGAGAAGGCGAAGAAGGGCAGAAGAAGCGGAAGAAGGCCCACAGCACCGAGUAUUAAGGCGAUUUUUUCACUAUCCCUGGUACUACUUAGACUAAUUAUAAUAAAUAUGUAUUAGAGCUGCCGCUGCGUUGAGUCCCCCUUGACUUGAAGGAGAAACCCAGCGGUCCAUGACUUGAAGGGGAACCUACCCAGGGGAAAAAGGGGUCUCAACAGAACCAAGGGAAGUGAAAAACUAGUCUAACUACAGUCGCAGCAGCGCAGUCGGAAGCCCCACCUGUAACCGCGGAAGAACGGGACCCAAAACGAAGAAGGCUAAAAGAACCAGGAAAGGACCUGAGUGAAAAUGCAAAAGGGCUGGAACCAAUAGAGAAGGGGCAGCCGGAUGCACAACCAGAGCAGCAGCUGACACCAGGAUCUGAGGGGCCAGUAUUAAGGCUUUCCUUAUUUAUAAUUCUUCUUGAGCAGCAUUCACUAUCUGUUGGUCAUGUAUGGUUCAAGCCUCUUGGAUGUCGUGUUGUUCUGUUCUCAGUGGCUCACACAAAGCCUCGUGCUCGACUGUCAUCGGGAUGAUCUCCCAAGACAUGAAUGCCAAUGAUCAUGAGUGCUACUUUCAAUGCACACUCAAUGCACAUCAAUGCAUAAUCAUAAUGAUCAAUGCGUAGACUAGGUACGUGUGUACUGAUCCUAGUCGUAUGAUGCAUGUUCAGUCCGAUCCCUUCUGACAUGCUUAUGUUGAUGAUGUAUGAUUCAUCUUACCCAAUGAACCAAACAGGGAUUACACCAGCCAGAGAUCGCAAGUCUCGGGCAGGAGUAUCAAGAUUUGCUUGCAUUCAAGAUUCUGACUCUGUGUUUCCACUGAGAAACGAACCAAGGCGCGGAGGCCUGUGUUCUUGUGGUCCAACACUAUCCCUUGUACUAGACUGAUUAUAUAAUUUCUUAGACCUGCGUCGAGUCCCCCUUGACUUAAAGGAGAAACCCAGUGGUCCUUGACUUGAAGGGGAAACUACCCAGGGGAAAAAGGGGACUCAACAGAACCAAGGGCAGUGAAAAACUAGUCUAACUACAGUCGCAGCAGAGCACUCGGAAGCCCAAAGCGAGGAAGAACGGGAACCAAAACGAAUAAGGCUAGAAGAACCAGGAAAGGACCCGAGUAAAAAUGCAGAAGAGCCGAGAAGAAAUGCAAGAGAGGAGGAGAAGCCGGUGCCGAAGGAACAACAAGGACCAGAAGAGCCAGUAUUAAGGCUUCCCUUAUAAUUCUUCUUGAGCAGCAUCUUGAAGUCUUUUUCUACGUGGAAGUCACGACAAAGUAAGAUGCUCUCCAAGAUGAAUUAAGGUAAGCUCUAAGACUAGUCCCUUCAUCUGUUGAAUCAGAAGGCCCACCGGGGACAGUAGGGCCAGCAAAGCGGGAAGAACCGAUCCCACGAGAGCAGCAUCCAGUAGAGCAGCCUCAAAAUCAAGAUGACAAGUCUUCACUAGUUACACCAGGUGGAGAGAAGCCUCCACCUCCAGGAGACGAGGCUUCAUUCAAGUCAGACGAGCCGUCUCCAGAUCGAUCUCCAGUACAGCCGCCCCCACCUCCCACAGAAGUUUAAGGGUUGAUCAAUUUUUACAUCCCCCACAACGAUUCCUCACUUUUUUUCCAGUAGGAAAGGGGUGAGCAGGGAUGUUCUGCAGAUUGGAAUCAUGCUGCAACCUCUAAAAAAUGGAGCAGCCCUCAGUGACAGACGCAGAGAGCCCUGUGAAAAUAGAGACGCCACUGCCUCUUCCUCGCUCCCCAGAGCAGACCGAAGGUUAAGACUCCUGGCUGAAGGAAGUAUAGUAGACAUUAUUAAUAGAAGACUAUUACAGCAGCGACAAGUGGACUAAUGGAAUAGUUCUUUUCCAAUCCAUAUAUUUUAAUAUCAGCAGUCUAUCGGCUACUCCUCACGGUAGGUCUGGAAGCAUCCUCAGUGUCAACUUCAGUCCACCACAUUGCUCGGGAUCAGGAGUGUCGGUUUACUCAGGGGACGAGCCGACUGCGCUCACAAUCUACAACCAGUGCAUUCUCACUAUCCACUAUCUCAACAUUCUCACUAUCUACUAUCCCACUCUCAGCACUAUCUACUAUCGCCUACGAUCCCAUUCUCGCUAUCAGUCCACUAUGCAGAAAAGAGUCCUUACCUCUAACGAUUGGACGACCAAGACCAUGAACUGGCGGAGCUGGUGAAAAUUAUGAACAAGAUGAAGGAUGGAUCCAGUUGUUGUUCUUGUUCAUCACUGUUCAUGAGAGAUGGACACGGAUCUACUUGCUCUUCUUGUUGUAGAAGUAGAGACACUUCUGCAGCUUUCGAUUGGAGGACGCACGGGAAGAGAAGAUAGAACUAGAAGAUAUUAUACUAUAAUCAUGAUUACUUUCUAUGUAGCUCGUGUUGAAGACAGCGCAUCAACGCUACAUCCACCAUGGCUUUGGCCACAGUAUUCGUAUUGUUCAAUAUCAUUCUUCAUGUUCUUCUUGCGAUUUGUUUUUCAACACCCACUCUUCACAUUUCUACUAGAAGUGUUGUUCAUCUUCACACUGUGACUCUAGAUCAUUCUUUUCCUGUGGAUAAUAGUCUAUCGAGCACAGGGACUACUCUCAAGACAGCACAAGGAGCAUGUGUCGCACUCUUAUCCUUUCUAAGAAAAAAGAACAGGACCUUAAAGCCGAACGAGAGCGGCUUGAACAAGAGGUCUCACGUCUCCUUAUGACUCAUGAACUAACACACAGUAACAAUAUUGAUGUAGAAGUGAGUCGUCACUUUUCAUAUACUCACUUUUUUAUUACUUUUUUGUACUUGGAGAUAAGUACUAGGUUAGUCCUCAAAAUCAUCCUAGGUCAUUCCCUCCAAUCAAAAUAUGGCUUUUGCGUACUUUCUAAUGUGUCACUCUCCUUCUGAUGAAUCCUACGUAUUCCCAUUGUCUAUCUCCCACUCUCUAUCUUGCUCCUUCUAUAAUGACUGUUGUUGUUGAGUAAUGCAGUUUUACUUGAGAUUGAGAAUAGUUGCUGCAUUAGCGUGGACUCCACCCUAGUGGGGCUGUCCUCUAAUCUCAGACAUCUGGAAGCGGACGCAGAAUAUACUUCGGACAAGCCGUGGAAUGACGAAAUCCAUUAAGAACAGUAGUUCUGCUUGUACUUGGCCUGUAUGGUGGCCUGUAUCUAUUCUGACCUACAUUGAAAGAUUUCGACCGUGAGAAUAUGAUCGGAAAGAAAAGGCAUCCGCUACCUCUCAGCUCCCUUUUUCGUUCGGUUAACAAGAAUAGACUCGAUUUUUAUCGGAUCGAUUUUAUUAGAGUCCGAUGGGGAUGCGUAUGGAUUUUAUUAGUAUCCUAUCCAUAGACUUUAUUCAAUCCUUCUAUGAACUUUAUUCAAUCCUUCCUUAUAAAUAUAUUAGUAUCCUUCUUUAGCUAUGCAUGAACUUUUUUCAAUAUUAGAGUAGCCUCAUACAUCGAAUGAGGAUAAGUUUGUGGCUGUUUCAACUCUCUAAUUUACUGCCAAAGAAGAUUGGGACGAAAAGCGGAAAGAAGUGACCCAGUUACUGAUUAAGAAGAAAACUCUGAUGUUUUUCAACUUUGGUGCAGGAAACUAGCACCACUAUAGCUGUAUAGAAGAUGUCGAAGGGCAAGGGAUGAGCUGUCGAGUAAAUCUAAAUCGAGAUUGCUGUAGACGACCUCUCAGGUAAAGAAAAUCUCAACCUCUCCCCUCUUGUUGAACUUACCCCCAGAUGAAUGGGUAAACCACUACUAAUACUGUAGUGAUGAAUGAAUUUGAAUGAGUUUGUAGUAGUACUGUACCCAAUCGGGUGGUAUAGAAGAAAAAGUUUCUUAACAGUUGUCCUUUUUCCUUCCUGAAAAUAAUACUUGUGACAGUAAUGAUAAUAAUAAUGAUAAUAACAAUAAUAAUAUUGAUAAUCACACGGGGGGUGGCUAGUCCAUAACUUCUGUGCGAUAUUGUCUCUUAGACAAUAGUUGAACAUGUUAAUUGAUCGUUUGAAAGGGCGGUUGCAUAUAGUCCUAACGCAAAAAAAGAAAAAACGCUUAGGUUUUCUUGUAAAAACCGCGACAGGGACACACACAUGACACAAUACUCGUGACAGAGAGAGAGUCGGAUGUCUCAGGCGAAGACGAUUCUGAAAAUGCAGUUCUGCUUGGACGAUGGACGAGAUGGGUCGUCCUCGUAGCCUCUCUAAGACACAAGCAUACGAGGCCAACUCGCGGUGGAGCCGACACUUACGAGCGCCACAUAACUCUCAUUGCUUCACAUUUACUUAUACAUAGUUUCUCCAGGUGAUGACAAUCACCACCACUACCACUAGAGUCUACUGACUUUCUUCUUUGUUGACGAUUGUUAUAUCAUAUGAGCAGUUCCAGUUGUCCUACAGAGAUACUAGUACUACUUUGAACAUCAAGCGCAGGCCACUAGUCCACUGAUUUCUUCAAGAAGAUCCCGUAGAAACAAAGUAGAAAUAGUCUGCAAGACUUGCAGAGUACUUAUUUUUUUCUACAGGAUGUUGGCGAACAUGCAAAGCGUACAAAUGCAGUUGUGCAUAGCUGAUAUUGCUGAUGAUGCAAAGUACAUUGCAGUCGUCUGUCCAAUCUAUCACAACUGCCGCACUUCUGCUAUUAAUUACGCCGCGAGAUAGGAGGUUAACUCCCAAAGCCACUGUUACUACAGCUACUAGCUACUACUUCUAGAGACGCACAACUACUACCACGUUGUAAUAGAAGAAGAGAUAGUGAAUGUUGAUACGCAUUCUAUCUUCGGAAGUAGAUACAGGGUUACCCUAUCGGCCUCUCCUAGGCGCAAGGUAAGUCGACUCCUAUCCUCCUAUUCUAGAAUGGCGCUAAUGUACGUGAUAGCCCAGCACGAGGAGAAGCUUGCUGAGCUAAAAAGACAGCGUGGCGGAAAGCCUUUACGUUCAAAAAACUACAAUCCCUGCUCAACAGUUGUAGCUUUCGCCCGCGCAUCUUCUACUACCAUUAGUCAUCUACUACAGAUGAACAGGGUUGAUUAAUAUAUAUUAAUAACAAAGUUUAUCUUACCGUUAUAAUACCCUUACCCCCCCCUUUGAACCGUCGAGCCGACCCUUAUGACCCUUACGCCCCCCCCUUGCGAUACCCUUUGAGACCCUUGCGACACCCUUACAGCCCCCCCUUACAACCCCCCCCUUAUGAAGCAGGCGACCCCUUAUAAUUUUUCUACCCCUUUGUGACCCCCUUACAUGUUGGCACCUUUUUCCAACCUCUUCACCGUCGAACUCCGCAAAGUGCGCGCACUCCUUCGCACGCGCUUGCCAGUGCUUCUCCUUGAUGGUGUUCGGGAUGUCACGACUUUUGGUCAUCACCUCGCGCCGCUCUAUCGUGGAAGUUGUCAGCUUUUGGACCAUGAUCGACAAGAGACACAGAGCGUAGCAGAGUGCGCACCGGUCUACCAUGCAAGAGGGCCGUGCCCUAUCAUAGUUGUCGGGCUUCUCUCUAUCUGCUUGCACAGAGGAGAAGAACAACCAAGAGGAACAGAAGACGGCGCACGUUCAAGGUCUUGGGUUGCGUGCGUGUCGUCUCACAUGUGGAGACUUGAAGCCUGGGCGCUGGUUCGGUUUGGAAGAUGCUACGCGCAACACUUGCGGCCGCAUGUCUCAAAGAUGGGCAACCGAUGAGGCUGACUAUGCGUCUGUCAUCCGAAAUGUGCUGCCUGCUAUUGGUUGGGCGCCUGUUCAGUGUCCGCCUUGUGAGUGGUUGCCGGCUCUUUGCGGAGGAGGCCCGCCUCUCCCACCACAGCACCAGCGCCGGUGGCCGAUCUCCAUGCUGUUGCACUUGCAACGGCGUAAGAAGUGCCCGCCUCUCUUUCCCGCGUGGUGCUGUUGCUGGUGUUGCGGGUCAAGGAGGAGAGCUUCCUCCUGGCGCUGUUUUUGCUGCAAACGGAGCACCAGGCGAAGGAGGUGCUGAAGAAAGGAAAAGCAAGGGCAAAGCGAAGGCCAAGGCGAAGGCGCGCGCUGCGCCAUACUGAAAGAACUCACGCCACAGAAUAGCAGGGCCGACAGGCGUGCCCCAUCCUUUUGCAUUUUCUUCGCCGGAUGUUUUCGGGCGGCGUGCCCUUUCCAUUUUCUUCAGCGAGUGCGCUGCUCUGUCUUCUCGCGCACUUUAUUUUGAAACGCUGCCCCCUCGUGCGCGUGUGGCAUUCCCCCCCACGACCAGACCGACCCUACUCAAUUUCGCAAGCAAUCUAUCAGUAGCCCUCUGCUAGACCCGCCUGGUGGCUCUUUUUAUUCAGCCUCAUGGUGUUCCUUCCCUACUACCCAUGAUCUUUUUCUAUCUCUAUCUCAAUGCACCCAGCACGCACCGCACUAGUAGUAAUUCUCAUUUCAUAUGCAAACUACGCCCUCGCGUUAAACAGCUUUUAUUUGAGAACUUGCUCAUUAGAAUAACAGCUUUUAUUUGAGAACAAUAUUUUUGCGUCAAAGUACACUGUGAAUUGAUAUCCAAAUGACUGUGUACUAACUUGUGUCACAGUUAAAUAAUACAAGCAAUACUUUUACUGUGUUUGACAUCACUGUGAAUUGAUAUACAGUGAAAUAAACACUUUUGAAGAACUUCAAACAGUUUGAGUUUUAUUCAAGUACUUGCGAAACAGCUUUUAUUUGCGUACUUCUUGAAGAGCACCACCAGAACAACCACUCCUGCUCGUUGACUCGGUGUCACUUCUCAUAAAGAGAUGAAAAAUUUUCCUGGAGAAUGGCAGCGAACACUGUUUGGCGUUGCAUGAUGGCUCCUAUGUUACACUUAGGCGCUAAGUCAACUAAGCAUGCACAAAGUCGGCCAAUAUUGUCUCCUCCCGGUCGCGGAAGUGGUCCGCUUAGCGAUGUUCGUCACUUUGUUGCUCUCGGUUUUUGUGCGUUUAGCCUUUCUGUCAUGUGUUUCCCCGCGCCUCUCCAGAGUCCAGGACAAUAGGCGGCAAAUGUGUGCUCUGGGAUUCUGGAGGGGCGCGGGGAUUUGGAGCGUGCCCGAGGUUCUUCGCUCGCAAUUGUGGGAGGGUUUUCCUUGAAGGAGCUCAAUAGGCGGCGAGCGUUCUCCGGCUUCUUAUCAUGACCGGAGCGACUGAAUACAGUCCAGAGCUUUCCUUUGCGGUCUUUGUCUGAGUUUUCUCCUCAAUUAUAGAUAAGUACGCGCAGCAAUGUGACAGGAAGCUGCCAACAUCAAUAGAAGGGUAUUACAGUCGUGCAAGAAGUUGAAGUUCCCACUUUUCCCGCUUUCAUAGUCGCUGCCAGACCCGAAGGACAUGCCGGCCGUGAUAAAGAGAAUCAAGCUUAUGAACCAUACUAAGCACAGCUCCAGAAGAUCUCGUUGGACUAUUCGCAUGAGUGCUGCAAACGUGAGUGCUAACGCCCUUGAGAAGCAUACUCUCGACGCAAUUAAUCAACCGACUCGCUCAAUGUGGCUUUUCACGGGGGGCCGAGUUUUUAACCACCACUAUUACUAUAACUUGUCCCACUACUCCUAUUGCUCAUGAUCGUACUAUUGGUCCUGCUACUCGUCCUAAGACUCCUACUGCUCAUGAUCGUACUAUUGGUCCUGCUACUCGUCCUAAGACUCCUACUGCUUAUGAUCGUACUAUUGGUCCUGCUACUCGUCCUACUACUCCUAUUGCUCAUGAUCGUACUACUAUAUAUUAAGGCUACAGGAAAUCCAUCGUAGCAGGCAUCUUGGUCGUGUUUUUAAAGGGAAAAGAAGGCCCAAGACGGUGCUGAAGAAGGAUUUCUCUAGUCUUUAGCCAAUUGUCCUGCUACUACUCCUACCCUACUGCUCCUAAGUCGUACGAAUCGCCCUACUGCUCCGACUAGUGCCGCCACUAGGCUGAUCACCCUGUGCGAUGAUACACUUUUCUAAGACACAGACGACCCAGCACAUGGUGCAGACAACUUUGCCAAGCCUCGAGAGAGAAGUAGCGAGAAGGAAGUUAAGAAUCCACACAAACAGAAAUAAUUCAUAUUCAAUUAUGGGGAAUGCCCCAUAAUUCAUAUCCAUGAGUGCACUGUGGUCAUCUUUAUUCAAGAACUUCCAAGGACCCUGUCACAAUUCACUGUGUCAUGAUGUAGGUAUUCCUACGUACUGCAGCUCUGGGUAAUGAUGUAACUCUUCCUAGGUACAGUUGGAGAAACCGAUCUUAACAUCAAAUAAGUACAUAUGAAGGUAGAAGGGUCUCCGCAGUAAUAUCUAGCGUUAAUAUAGAUCAUCUACCUAGCAGUAGCGCCACCAGUUUUGAAUCUGUAUUGUAGUUUACAUGCCCCAUCAUCAUAUGUAACACAUGCCAACUUAGAGCGAACAAAAAUAGGCUGCAAAAAGUGCGAGAGAUGGCAAGUUGACUUGUGUCAGCGAACGGCGACCCUUCGGCAGCAAUCAAAAAGGGCUGCCUACUACAGACCUCAUCUGGUGAAGUGCAAGGGGAAGAAGGUGGACGCAUAAUUGAAUGGAAGUCUUCUAUACCUCUAGACUGGGCACGCUACUACUACUACAUGCCCCUACCUAGAAGUGGUAAAUAUGAAAUCCUACCUAGUCACUGGCACAUAUGUAAGUAUAUCGCAAGGGCGGCGGUGGAAGCCGUAUUCUAAUCGAAUCUACUUACUCGAAAGCUGGAAAUCGCCGAUAUGCUGACUGAAGUAGGGGAGGCAUCUUUAAAAGGCAGCCCUUCCUUCAGUGUCUCGGUUAUUCUUAUCAGUUACUUGGUUAUUUCAGUUUUUCAAAUCUAUGCAGUAUUGCAGGGUGACGGCCUACUGAGUAACAAGACCGCUAUCUUGCUGUGUAACAGAUGAUAUGCUCUAAGUUGUAAAAUCAGAGCGGAAAGGAGCGACAACUGGACGCUGGUCGAGCAUGCCCAGAUCGAAGAACAGAGGAUAGAGCUCGCCACGCAGCAGGAGAGUAACGCUGACUUGCAAUUUUAAAGCUACCUUUUCUUGUGAACCCUACUUCUAAAGGAGUCUAUCUUUAACUUUAUCUUUCUGUUACCGUGCGAGUAUGCGCCCUUAUUAAUUGUCUAGGUACUAUUUAUUAAGCCCUUGUCUGAAAGGGCUUAUGCUAUAGGCCCUUAUCUUUCUGCUACUGAGUAUGCGCCCUGACUGUCCGGGUAGUAUAUGCCCUUGUCUGUAGGCCCUUCUCGUCUUUCUGUUGCUGAGUAUGCGCCUAAUUGACUGUCUUUCUUUUUGUACUGCCUCUUCUUGAUAAUUGAUUGGUAUUGGUUUUUCUCUUUCGUCUUGCCAAGGAACCCUAACCUAGGAGCGGGGACGGGGUACUCAAAAACUGAAAAUAUGCGAGCUAGUGACUGCAAUACGAGAGCUGCCUUUAGUACAAGGCUACUCUCGUGUCAGUACUAUCUUCUUCUGCGUUAUUCUAGUCAUUUACUUGCUUAUUUCAGUUUUUCGAGUUUAACCUAGGAAGGGGGGUCGGGUAGCUCUAACCAGGAAGGGGGACCGGGUAGCCAAGAAGGGGGAGGGUCGGGGAAGCCUAUUCACACACCAGGAAGGGGGCUGCAGCUCUAGCCAGGAACAAGGGGCUACAGCUCUGGCCAGGAAGGGGGACGGGGUAUCCAAGAAGGAAAGGACGGGACAGCCCAUUCACGCCCCAGGAAGGGGGACGGGGUAGUGCUAACAAGACUACGAGAAUGAGAUUGAGAAGUAUACACUCAGAUUGAUAAGAGCGAUACUGGUAAGGUUAAGGCUCAGCUUUCAAUGGUCAUUGGGGUUGGUCACUGAGAUCGAAGAAGCGACCCGUUUGGAGAACAGGGGAAAAGGAAGGGAAAGGAGAGAGCUUUAAAGGGGGUCUCUUCCGUUCAGCAUCAGUGACCAUUGAAUGCUGAGCUUUAAUAAGGAUACCGCUGAUAUUUUGAGUUUGAUAAAUAUAGAAAUGAUUGGCAUCGUCCCGCCGGUAGUCGAGGAGUACUACUAGGGAUGCCAAUCAAUCAAUGCUAGUAUAAGACGGUUAGAAUUCUGUCUCUUUGCCACAGAUAAGUUAUCCAACAAAAAGCAGGCAAUAGGCUCUUUCUGCAAUCAAUACGUUGGCUGUCGUGGUCUUCUUUCAAAUAAUACUCCACAUAAUACUACCACCUGCUACUAGGCUAAGAGUAUCAAUAUAUCCUAACCUAAAGCAUAAUAACAAUAACUCAAAAAACCUUUUUUGCUUAGCAAAUGAACUAAGUUCAACGACUAAGUUCGAUAUUACCUGCUAAUUAAUGGGCCUAGUACAGCAUAUUCAUUUAUAAUGUUAUUAAGGUAGUUGUGCGAUCUUUUGCACUGUUGUCUCCGCUUCAAAGCUGAUUAUGAUAAAGGUCAACUAUGGCUCCAGCUCUCAUUCUCAACCACGGAAGAGGUCUUUUAUGCUCACAGUUCCUUAUGUGAAAUAGCUGAAAAUAGUAGCACAGUCUUACUCUAAUCGUAUCGUUUGGCGGAGCUGAGGCAAAAACUUCGGAAAUUGCAAGACAAGUUGUUAUCACUUCACGCCGAGCAUCAUCUUAAGGCUGCGCAUUAUAUUUUCACUUUCUUUUAUACGUCUAGACUGCUUACACGACUACUGCUACUUGAUGAUCUUGCGCCUACUCCUACACUUUCCUAAUUUUCUUCAAAAGAGCACUCUAGUACAGAGUCAUCUUGUAGUCACCAUGCUGCACCAUCUUCAGCGUCAUGCUUCAACAUCAUGCUGGAGCAGCCUCAUGCUUGGUUCUUUUUUUGCAACAUCCAUGCUCUUUGCUCGUGUAUUUCGCG